AGGCGGCGGCGCAGGAGCUGACCCUGGCCGAGGCGGCGGCCCAGUCGGCCGCCCCGGCGCGCCGCCGGGCCGCACCAGCCAGGAGGGUGGCGGCGGUGGCGUCCGCGCCCCGAAGGGACAAGCGCGCCUCGCUGGCCAUGAUGAACCCGGAGAGCGCGGAGGCGCUCGGCGCGCAGAAGAUCGCGCUCGGCGCGCGGUAUGUGGAAGAGGCGGGCGGCUCCAGCUCGGCGCCCCGGGGGCGGCGCCAGGCCCUCAAGGCCCAGGCGGAAGAGGCCGAGGACGAGAAUCACGAGGAGGACGUGGAGGUGUCGUGGGUCAACGACGACGCCGAUGACGAGCCAGUUGACCGCGCGGGGCUGCUGCACGAAAUCCACGCGGCGCACCACAGGUGCCGCAUGCACUGGGAGCAGCUCGAGACGCAGCAGCCGCGGGAACCGCCCGGGGAGCCCCCCCCGCGCGCGCGGCCCUCAAUUCGGCCUGGCCCCUUGUCUCGGGGGGGGGGGCUCCACAACCACCUCCACCGCCACCUACUCCUCCGCCUCCUCCUCCUCCUUUUCCUCCUCCACCUCCUCCUCCU